CUCGGACGAGAUACGAAGCCUUUCGUAUCAUUUCGCUCUCAGCCUCGGACCAGGACCUGCCCACCUACUACCUACCUACUCACCUACGACCUACCUGCCUUACCUACCUUAGCUUGCAUUUCUGUGACUGCUAAAGAAGAUGGCCGGUCCCUCGGAGCAAGAGAUCCAACGCCUAAUAUGCGCCGUCCAGAUCCCUUCCAUCCAGAAAGCCACCCUGCAGUCUAUCUGCUCCGUGAAUGGUUUGCCCAAGACCGGAAACAAGAUCGACCUCCAGAAUCGCAUCAUCAACUGGAUAAACACCUGCGCCGGAGACGUUCACCGGUUCCGUGAGGUCAGCCAAAGUCUCGCCAGCCAGUCGCGCCUCUUAGUACCCCAAUUGACGCCCUCAAUGCCGCCCCCGAUGCCGGCCCCGAUGUCGCCCCCGAUGCCGGCCCCGAUGUCGCCCCGGAUGCCACCCCAAGAGACGCCGUUCUUUCCGACACCCUCCACCCUCCCAGCUUCUCCUCACUACCCUCUCUGGCCGUACAAGACAGCCCUCCCAGGUUCUCCUCACUACCCUCUCUCGGCGUACAACACGGCCCUGGGGAAUGGCCUUCGGCCUUCCCCUCCGCAGCCGCCUUCUCAGGCUCCCGCCCCCGGUUCGCCGAACCAAUUUUCAACUUUGCAAUUCAUGCCAAGUCCAUUCUACGAUGUGUUAUCUAGAAUCGGGGACAUCAAGACGUGUGAGGUGAUCACUCAGUAUCGGAAUAAGGCGACCAUGAAGAUGAAGCCGCAGGAUCACCUCUAUGCGGUUCAGCAGCUCACCGCAAACCCCACGAUGCGGGCUAUGUUAUUCUGCAGUGCCGGCAACAGAGGCAUUCAAGACAUCACUUUCCCUGACCAGGCGGAACUCAAAGUCAAUGGAGGCCGUAUCAAGGCAAAUCUACGAGGCGUAAAGAACAAGCCCGGAUCCACGAGACCGGUUGAUAUCACGGACUCGCUGCGCCUAAAACCCGCUUUGUAUAUUAAUAACAUCGAGUUCACGUACGCCAUGAGGAACGAGAAAUUUUUCCUUAGCCUCUUUCUCUGCAUGGCGAAACCUGUUGAGCACAUCAUUCGCAACAUCACGCUAAAGAUUCAAAAAGAAUCAGUCGUCACGGAGAUUGCCAAGAAGGCGAGCGAUCCGGAUGUUGUGGCUACGGCGCAAAACCUGAGUCUCAAGUGUCCCCUCUCGUACAUGAGACUCAAUCUUCCAUGCCGCGCUCUUAGCUGCAGUCACAUCCAGUGCUUUGAUGCGACAUCAUACCUGCAGUUACAAGAGCAGGGGCCGCAGUGGAUUUGUCCCAUCUGCAACAAUCCGGCCCCGUUUGACCAGCUGGCAGUUGACGAAUAUAUACGUGAGAUCCUAGCCAAGACUCCUAAGACAGUGGAGCAAGUCACCAUCGAACUAGACGGGAAAUGGUCAGUUCCGAGUGCAAAGAAUGAGACAGCGUCGGCAGCGAAUGAGGCGAGCAUCCUUGACAGCGACGAUUUGACCGUGUUAGAGAUAUCUGGGGUGUCAAAUCGCACGAGCACAGCAACGCCAAACCGAGGUGCAGCCCCCGCCUCGGCUCAUACAACCGGUGUUUCCAGUACGCCGUCAAUGUCCAAAUCGAGAACUAAGCGCCCAGCUCCCGGGAUGAUUGAUUUAACCCAAUCUGAUGACGAUGAGCCGCCAGCGCUCCCAGAGAAGCGUCCCAACUAUGGACACAGUGUCUUUGCACCCGGUGUCUUUGGGAACCGGUGCUAG